AUGGCAAAUAAUCAAAUUUCUAAUAUUGCAAGUCAGAUCUUUAACACAAAUGACUUACAUAUAUUGGAUCCUUUGAACGUACAUAUAUUUGCGUCACAUUGGAAUAAGCCUAGAACUCUAUCUGGAUAUGAUGCUCUAGAGCUUAAAAUUACUCAAAUUUGCAACACACUUCUUAUCUUCGAUAUUGAAACUAUUGAGAAGGUUUCACUUCACAUUUGGGAACAUUUUACUACCCCUGCGGAACGAGACGUUCACACAAAUAUUGCUUUCCGCGUAAACGAAUACAGAAAACAAAACCCUCUUACUUUUGGACCACCAGCUCCAGGUCUCAUGAGGUAUCAUGGUAUUGAACCGAAAGUUCCCGUUAACCUUCCACUGAAACCUAUGAAACACACGGAUCAAUCAGACACACUCUACCACGGCUGUGACUUUCCGGA